UUGAUGAUACAUAUGGUAACAUUGGAAACUGCUUGUUUGUAAACACAAGUAAUUCAAACGAUUUCAAAGCCAAGGAAUGCUCAACAAAAUUCCAUCACAUAUGUUUGAAUUCUAAUGAGACUGGAUUCAAUCUGCAAAGUACAACUAAGUCUAAUUGGAAAGAUGCCUUUGGUUACUGCAAAAACCUGGCAAGCUAUAAUUUAGUUAGAGGCAAAAUAAAUACAAUAAACGUUUUAGAAUCAUUUUGGCUUUCUAAUACCAGACGAUGGACAAGAAAAAGAGAAUUCUUAGAUGCAGCAGAAUAUCCUGAAUUUUGUGUUGCUGCCAGAAUAAGACAAAAUGGUGAUGUUAAAAGAUCAAUCCGUAGAUGUAGAAAACGUCUACCCGGGCUUUGUAUUGAAGUUGGAAAGACGGUUUCUGAUAUACCUUCAAAAAUGUCUUCUACACUGUCACCAGUUAAUACAUUUUCUCGAAGAUUGGAUAAAACUUCUUCAUUUCUACGAAGUAAUACACUUCAAGGUAUAACUAUAUCUACGUACUCCGCUUCACAAAAAAGUACAUUUUUAUCUCAACUUGGAUCAACAUCUCCAGCUCUGAAGGAAACUACCGGUAGAUCCAAAAUGGUACCAAAAACAACUUCUCCUUCUCGGGAUAUUCAGGAAAAUACAUUUCCAGUUCUUGUAGAAUCUCCUUCUUCAGAUGUACCGGGUAAAGAUGAAAUAGAUGUUGUUUCAGAAAUAGUCAUCAUAGCAAUAGUAGCUGCAACAAUCCUCAUAGUCAUCGUUAUAUCAGUAACGGUUGUCUUCUGUAAAAGAAAGAGAAAUACACAAGGUACGCCACUAAACCAACCAAUGGUUAUUCUCGGAAGAGAAGCUGUCUAUGAAGAAGCCAACACGCCGCCCGGUCAACACGCAGGAAGCACAAGUCAGAGAUUUCACCCAACUGCAUCUGACGAUACAUACGACCACAUUGAUCAUUGUCGACCUAAUCAGACCCACAAUCCGACAGAAAGCAACUACGACACCAUGCGUAGUACUGGGACCCAAAGCGAAAAGAGAAAUGAGUUAAACUAUGAUCAUGUGACUGGAACAAAGAAGGCAUCUAAUAUUUGAUAGUGCUACAGAUAACAGUCAGGUUGACACCACGAAGUUAAAGACAUAUUAUUAGAAUAAAUGAUAUAUUUUUG